AUGCCUUAAUGGAAGCCGUGGACUCGUGCGGUGCACGUGAGCGCCUUCUAAACCCUAACCCCUCUCUUUCUCAUCCUCACUGGGCGACGAAAUAAUCUCGACUUCGCAAUGGCUUCACGCAGGCUCCUGUCAUCGCUCCGAUCAUCCAUUGGUCGAUCUCCUUUGGGGUCUCAAGUUACGAGCUCGGACAUCCGAUUCUUUUCCUCAGAUGCUUACUCUCGUAGUUUCUCUAUCAGUACAAGGAUAUUCGCCCAGACUGUGACCCUCUCAAGAAUUGAGUCCAGAUAUGGCUUAGCAACAAUACUCGGAGAUUCUAGAUCGAGUUUGUUUCACCAAGCUGCUGCGUUUGCACCUCAUUUUUCUUCCAGAUUUAUGUCAACCCAGAUAAACUCCGUUGAGUCUUCUCAAGACAGUUCUGCUCCUGUCUCUGACGUGCCUCCUCGCAUUAAAUUUAAAAGAUUGGAUAAAACUGCUAAGCACAUUAUGCAGAUUAUAGAUAAGGAAGCAGUAGAGGAAGUCAGAACACAGAGGGAGAUACCAGAUAUACAACCAGGUUACAUAGUGCAACUCAAAGUGGAAGUUCCUGAGAACAAGCGCCGUGUUUCAAUCAUAAAAGGCAUCGUGAUCGCAAGGCGAAAUGCCGGUCUUAAUACUACAUUUAGAAUCAGGAGGCUAGUGGCUGGGGUUGGUAUUGAAUCUCUCUUCCCACUGUAUUCACCAAACAUAAAGGAGAUAAAGGUUCUUGAGAAGAAGAGAGUGAGGAGGGCCAAACUCUACUACCUUAGGGAGAAGAUGGAUGCACUUAAAAGACAAUGACAGAGUUCUUCCUGGUAGAAAUUUUUGAUAAUUCUAGAUUCAGUUUUACUCUGUAUCUGCCUGCGGAUGCAAGCGCCUGGGGCUGUUUCAUUAUCGACGUAUUUCACAAUAUAUGAUUUUAAUACACAUCCUUUGAGCUGGCGGAUGUUUUGGGGAGGCCACACGUCAGAAGUAGUGUCGAGAUGCAAUCAUGUGAGAAUAUCUUAUUUUAAAAGUUUUCUCAACGAGUGUAAAGAACUUCCCCCUAUUGUGAGGAUUAUCUCGAUCUUUUGCUAAUAUUAUGAUAAAAAUGCAUCUGCCGAGGCUUGAUUGUAAUUGCUGAUUAACUGCAAAUUGCUACUGAAGACAUUGAGGAUAUUGGGGCGAAUAAAAAGCUCUCCGGUUUUUCCUUGUUUCAA